AUGCCUCAAUCAGAUUUCUGGCCGUUUACCAAAGGGAAGACCUCAGAAAAUGUUGAGUAUACUGAAGAAGCAUCGAUUUUACAAAAAAAGUUGGGGGACAUGGAAGGAGAAGUAAAAGAGAUUCAGAUGGAAUUAGCGGCAAUCAAAAGAGACAGAAUGGAUUUAUUCACUCGUAAACAGUCUAAAGGAGUUGAAUCAGUUCGUGCUAUAGAUCCUGAAGACGUGCUCAAACUGGGAACUACCAAUACGUCGAAUGAAGAAAAUUAUUCAAAAUUUCCAGAAAUUGCAAAGCUUCGGGAGGAAUUAAUCAGAGCCAAAAAUGCAGCAGAUGAAGAGCGAUUCCAGCGAGAAAAAUAUGAGGCUAAACUGAAAGACCUAGAAUUAAAGCUCAAUAACAUCUGCUGUUCUGGGAUGAUUGCUGAAAUAAAGGAAACGAAAAAACAUUCUGAUGAGGAAAUGACAGUUCUGAAAACUCAGGUCAGGGAUAUGAGGGAGGAAACGGAAGAGUUAAAAAUUACUUUGGUGGAGAAAACUGAGCAAUUGCAGGAGUAUCGUAUGAAGUAUCUUCAAGCUCAACAACAGGUAGAGGAGCUCAAGCGUCAGUUAGACAUAAUAGAGUUCGAUAACAAACAAGUGUCUGAUCAAAUACAGAUAGAAAUACAGAAGAUGAAGAUGCAGUUCCAAGAGAAGUUACAGGAACUAGCUCCUCUACCCGACUUGCUAAAAGGAGCCCAGAUACAACUACAGGAGGCGAAACAAUUGCAACGACUGGCUGAAGACAGUUCCCAGCAACUUUCUAAUGAGUUGCACAGAGUCAAAGAAAAGUUAGUCGUUGCUGUGAAUAAUUUGAACCAAGAAAAAGUCGAAAAAACCAAACUCGUCGAUGAGAAUAAAUUACUAAAGGCAGCACUGGAAGAUAAAACACGGGAAAUUGAGGAAAUGUCCAAAAGUUUAGAUGAUUACAAAUGCAAAUCACUGAGAGUAGAAGAAAAGUUGACACAACAAGAGAUCAGAUACAAGGAGAAGGCUAACGAAUGUGCUCAGUUGCUCAAGGAUUUAGAAGAAAUGAGAAUUGAAAGCAGCAGAUCACUUGGUCGAUGUAAAGAGAGGGCUGAUUCCAUGCGCAGAUACUUGCAGACCCAGAUAUCGGAGCUCGAAAGACAGUUAAUACAGAGUCGAGCCCAUUGCCGGGCCUGUCAGAAGGAAAGGGACGAGAUCCGCCAGCGUAUGCAGAUUCAAAUAAAUAAUCUUCAAGAAAAUUUCGAAUUAGUGGAAAUUAGACUUCGGGCUCUCCAAAAUCAAGUAACUUCAUUGAAAAACAGCUAUACAGUCAUCCUUGCUGACAACGAAGAAAUAACAGAACUAAACAAGAUCACGACAUAAUAACAUUGAGAUUCCUAUUUUAUAAAAUAACCUAUUCUGUAUUCUUGUAAUACAGAAAUUAUAAUUAUAAUAAAAGCGUUUAAAAAAAAUAGGAAAGUCUUUUAAAAUUCGAACACCGAACCGCUAAAAAGAUGGACUAUUUUCAUAACGGGUAUGAAAAGUGAAAACUUCAUACUGUUAUCAUUUUGCAACAAAAAAAUGUAUAA